UCAAUGUGGUUUAUUGGGCUAUUAAAGAAAGUCUUGUGUUUUUAUUUCAUGAUUUCAACUUGACGCCAAUUUUCCUCCAGAGUCGGGUUUUGAAUUUGAGGAUUAAUUGCUUUUCUGAAGUGGGUUUAGCGGAUCUCAAGGAUAUGGAUUUCUGGGAAAAUGAAGAGAUAGAGCUUGGACUGAAGCUCUGCUACUCACCUGUGAAGAGAAAAAGAAGAUCCAGUUGCAGUCAGGAUUUGUUCAAUGGGAGUUCAAGUGAGACUGUUUCUGGAAUUUAUGAGAGUUUGGGUAAUAGCAAUAACAGUAGUUUUGUAAGUGAUGAUCCAGAGGGGAAAUCGAAGGAGAAGAACCUUAUCAGGUGUCUCAUGAAGAGUUAUAGCAGCUCUAACUCUAAGUACAAUAGUUUAGUUAGUUUCAACACUGAUGUAGAUUGCACACUGUCUCUGGGCAUGCCCCAUAUUCGGCCAUCUCCAGAGGAACAACGCGUCAUGGACAUGUACAAGGCAAGCAGCAUGGAAGAAGUCAAAGAGAUAAUGAUGUCUGCACUUGUUUCGUCCAAGAUAACCAGUCCGGAAUUGGAAGCUUCAGGUGUCCCACUUGGUGAAUCAUCAUCUUGUUGGAGCACUGCAACUAACACUACUACCACAUCCACUCCAAUAUCAUGGUUUCCAACAGCCCACUCUGGAUCAAAGUUAAAGGAUAUUCUGGCACAUGGAAACUAUGCAACAAGGCCCAAGAAAAACAGUAAUAUCGAUGACAAUAUUACUGCAGAUGAAGCAGCCAGAUGUUGCUCUGCAUGCCACACCACUGCUACACCUUUGUGGAGGAGCGGUCCUAAGGGUGCUAAGUCUCUGUGCAAUGCAUGUGGCAUUCGAUACAAGAAAGAAGACAGGCGUUCUGCAUCUGCCAUGGCUGUAGCAGCAGACAACAACAAUCAGUUUGCAAUGGCAUCCUGCUUCAACUCUAUUCAAGAUCAUAAUAAUAAGACUGCAGCCCCAUAUCCUAAGCCUUCAAAAAAAAUAAAACUCCUGCAUGCCACUUUUGAAGGCAUGAAUUGAUCAAGAGGCUAUGUGAACACAUUCACAAUACCUUCAGGGCUAUGCAUCUUUUGCUCACCCACACUGCUCCUCGUCCGGUUUUCUCCUAUGACAAUUUGCCCUCGACAUGUAUGUCUAUCUUCAGGGCUUUUUGUUCUUAGUGGCAGAUUGUUAUGGCUUCGCUUUGAUCCCCAGAUUGUUUAGACUGGGGUUGUGGCUUCAAUCUCUGUAUUUGCCCUCGAUAUGUAUGGUUAUUUUCGGGGCUUUUGUUCUCUACCACCUUUUACAUGGGAUUUUCUCCCGGUUUUGUAAUGCUCUCUGCAACAUUUUGGUCAUCAGGACUCUGCUGU